AUGACUUUCAAACAGCACUAUGUGUCUGCCUAUGUGGCGGUCUCUACGGAGGUAGCUCUGCUGGCUGUUCAGGAGACUCGACUCAAGAAGCUAGCCUUCCAAGACGAGCAGUAUCUGAUCAGAAGUCACCCAGCUCACAAAGGACAGGGAGGAGUUCUCCUUGCUCUACAUCCUGAGCUUUUCAAGAUCUAUGAUGCCCAGGGACAACGCAUUACACUGCAGGAUCAACAUUGGACUGUGGUAGCCAGCAAUCCGGAGUGCAUUGUGACCAGAUUGUGGUGUGGGCCAGUGGACAUCCUGAUAGCAAAUCUACAUGUGCCUCAUAGUGGGAAGGAGGAUAUGGUGAUUGCGCAGUACUGGACCGAUUUUCAUCAAACCCUUCCUAGCCAGUUGAGGAGCAAGCCGAUGAUUUUGCUGGGUGACAUGAAUGCCCGCCUUGGCUCAGCAUGUGUUGGUGGACAUGCAAUGGAGGAGGAGAAUCAGGCCGGUACCUGCGUGAUCAUGUUCUGCGAUGGCAGCAAUGGAUUCCUGCAACGUUUGAGGAGCAUCAGCGCCAGGCUUGACUACAUUGCCGUGCCUCAAGACUGGCACUACACCGAGGCCAGUGCAUGGGUGGAUUUGGAGCUCCAGGCGCAUUCCCAUCUACACGAUCAUAGAGCUACAUGUCUCAAGCUGGUAGCUGGCCUACAUGGGGCGCCACCUCUUCAGCGGCCUCAUAAGACACCUCCGCUACAAGUUCUGACCGAGCAGGAUGGGGAAGCUCUCAUGAGUCAGGCAGUCUACCAGAUGGCUCCCAUCCACUGGCAGUUGGAUGUGCACCAACAUGCUCAUGAGCUUGCGGAAAGAUUCAAGCAAGGAGUCAUGCAGAUCGUGCCCAAGAGGCAGCGUUUCCACCGCAAGACCUAUUACCAGGAAGAUACUAAGGUUGCUGUCAUUGAAAAGGCUGCUUGGAGAAAGGCAGUUCUCCACUGUCAGGCACGGCGUAAACGACAUGAAUUGCGGGCUUGCUUUUAUGGUUGGAAGAUCAACUUUCGUGGCCCUGCUGACUGGGAGUGGUUGGAGCCUUAUGAAAAGCAGCUGGCUAGGGAUUGGAGCAUUGCCUUCACCUCAUUUCGUCGAGCUCGAAAUCUAGCCACUACUUUGGCACGCAGGGACACCAAUGACUUCUUUGAAGACUUGAGGCAGAAAUGGAAGGAAGCUGAUCUUGAUCAAGACUCCAAGACGUUAUGGCAAAAAGUUAAGCACUUCCUGCCCAAAGCUCAACAGCGCAAAGCUAUGCGCAGUGCCGGCACGCCAACGACCUUACCUGACCUCUAUGCAGAGAUUGUGGAGCAGCCUUCUAAAACAGGCAAGGGUGUUCGGCAUUUUGCUGACUUGCCUACUCUCACGCAGAUUGAGACCUCCAUGCGUCACACAAAGCCUGGUAAAGCAGCGGGCCCUGAUGGUUUGGGUUCUGAUUGGAUCCACUAUGCUGCUCCAUCAUUAGCUCCAUGGGUCUAUGACAUGGUGACCAAGAUGCUCACAACUAUGGAGGACCCAAUCCAAUGGAAAGGUGGAGUGCUCUACAUGUUGCCAAAGACAGUGGCACCCAAAGAGCCAGCUCACUUUCGUGGCAUCAUGCUGCUUGGUGUGCUUGUGAGAAGGGUUCAUGCACUCUUUCGAGACACGUUGAUGAAUCAAGUCCAGCUCACAAGUCCUGUGGGGCAGCUAGGUCUUCCUAGUGCGGUGAUCUACGUUGGCCUGCGGGCAGCUUUUCGCUCUUUAGUGCGGGAGCUGGUUGUUGGAGCUGGGUUGGGAGGGCCACAGGAUUUGAAAGCCUUGCAACGUGUGCUGGCUGAGGAUCCAUUGGCAGAUGCAAUGUUUCAUAGUCUCAUGAGCCCCAUCGUGAAGCAGAUCGAGGACUAUGUGGGCGCGCGUCCAGUGCAGGACCAGGCACAAGCAGCCCUGAACACUCAGGCUAUGCAAAUUGUUUGGGCUGAUGAUUUAGCAGUCCCUCGUGUGGCUCUGGACAAUGAUCAAAUUGGCAGUGAGGUGAUUGAGACCUUUCAGCACAUCUAUGCGGUUUUUCAUGCUCAUGGGAUGACCUUGAACAUGAGCAAGGGCAAAACGGAGGUGACCAUCACGCAUGUGGGGAAAGAUUCUAAGUCUUUUCGUGAAGGUCUACGGCAAGCGCCUUAUCUCCCAGUACCACUCCAGGACCAAUGCCAGCAGGUGCAGCUGAAUGUCAGCCAAGUCUACAAGCAUCUUGGCACUACUAUCACUACAGCGGGGCGCUUGAAAGUGGAAAUCCAAAGGCGACUAGCACAGCCUAUUUUCCUCAACCGAGCCCUACGUGAGCGGACUCGAUUAUUUUUGCUGGAAUCGUUGGUCCUCACGAAGUUGCUCUAUGGUGCUGGGGCGUGGAGUGGUCUGUUGGAAGCUGAUCUCCGAAGACUACAAGUUUGCUAUAUGGGUCUACUCCGGCGAGUUCUUGGUCAGGUCAAACGGCCGGGUCUGACAGUGCUGAGUGAUGGUGCCCUUUGGCAGAAAGCACAGUGUGCUCCUUUAUUGGUGCGCUUGGCUCAGCAAAGGUUCUUUUUGGGAGCUCGGAUUGCUCGCGCGGCUCCUGAUUUUCUAUGGCAUGAACUUCAAUUGGAGCAUAAGGAACUUCCACGAAGCUGGAUGUCCGAGAUUGAGGAUGACAUGGCUUGGCUGAGCUCUGUGAUGCCUCUGGCUGGAUGGGGCUCUUCGGUGCAUGAGCUAUGGGAAACCUGGCGUGCGGGCAAACCUGGCUGGCAGCAUCUCAUCCGGCAGGCAGGUCAGAAGCAUGUUUGUCUUUUAGCACGUCAGAGCCCAGAGGACAAACAUCGAGGGGAAGAGGAUGACACUCUUCUUGACCUUUGGCUUCAAGCCCAAUGCCGGUGUCAUUGCGGGCAGGCCUUUGCUAAUGAGCGUGCUCUUCGUUUGCAUAAGUUUGGGCGCCAUGAAGCCUCUCGCACUGAUCUUCCGGAGGACAGCUUUACAGGUGUUGCUGGAAUGGUGCGGCAGGAGGCACUGGCACUAUGUGGCCCGCGCCCCUUUGGUGCUUGUUUGGCAGAUGUCCAAUGGGCGGAAGAUGAAUUCCUGGCCCUUGAGGAGUCUUUGAUGGAGGCUGGUCUGAACUUCCACCCGGAUGAACAGCUUCGAGACUCCAUGUUGGAGGAGAUGCGAAGUGCAGCUAGAGCAGGGGAGUGA